AUGACGUUGUAUUCUAUUUACAUCUUCAAUCGAUAUGGUGACAACAUAUUCUACAAGGAGUGGAAUCGAACUACGGCGCCUCAGGAGGGUGAGGCGGGGCUUGUAGCUGGAUUCAUAUAUACGCUACAGCACUUCUCAUCGCAGCUUUCGUCCUCUGGAGAGGGUGGCUUUUACGCAGUUCGGACUCCGCUUUACAAACUUCAUUAUAACGAGACAAUGACUGGUUAUCGCGUUGCACUUCUAAGUGACAAGGAUCUCAAGACAGAUGUGGUGCAGAACAUCUUGCGUAAGAUGUUUAGUGAUGUUUUCCAAAGGUACGUAACAAAGGAUCCCAACUACAGUCACACGCAGGGUCGUGUAAUCACUUCCACAGCGUUUGGGGAAGCCCUGGACCAGUUUUUCCACUCUCAGAAGAUCCUUUAG